AUGGAGGGGAGAAGAAACGAUAGAACUUCUCGAUACAGAGCCAUCGACGGUGAUCGGCCUCCUCCUGCGACGGACAUGGCACCAUCUCAGUCGCUGAACCCGAACAUUUCCUUCUUCUCGCCGCGACCAAUCCCAGGAACAAGUGAGGAUGAUGUUCAAAAAGCUAUUCAGAGGGAAAUCGAGAAGCAGCAGAUCCGUCAAGAGAUCAUCGCUGCAGAAACAGAGAGAAGAAGAGAGCUUAUAGGCGAGGUUAUACAAGAGAUGGCUAUCGAGAGAGAGAUGGCGAGAAGAAGAGUCGAAGAGACGACGAAAGGAAUGUCUCUCGAGGAAAAGCUAACCAUGUUGAUCAACCAAAUCAAUGUUCCAAAUCAGAACCAGAACAACAACUUGUUUAGUCACAAGUCUACUUAUCCUAUGCACACAGGACCUGAGAGUCUAGUCACAUCACCAUUGAUGCAACUUCCUCAGCUACAUCAAUUGCCUGAGGCUAAGGCAACACCAGUUCUUGAGUCUAACAAGGAGAAGUUGAUUGUAUUGGAAAGGCCUGAUGCUAUAGGAGUAAAGCGUAAAGGAGAUGGUGUUGGUCUUCCAGAGAAAGAACCGUUUCAAAGGAAAAAGCUCAAAUCAAAAGAAAGAGACAUGGAGACGGAUGUGGAAACCGGAGAGACAGCCUCUUCGAAGCAAGUUGAAAGCAAGCCAAAACGUAUGUUUAAGUUUUGGUGCGAAGUUUGUAGCGUUGGGGCGUUUUCUCAAACAGUCAUGAGGAAUCACGAGUUUGGAAGAAAGCAUAAGGCCGCGAUCGAAAAACAGAGUGUUCAGCCGCCACCUGAGAAGGCUGCUUCGACCUCCAUCACCACGGCGCCACUAUCAGAAGAAGAUGAAAUGGCGUCGAAAGAAGCGGGGAUGAAGACGGAAGGUGAGAAGAAAAAGACGGUAAUCAUUAUGUGUGAAAUUUGUAAUGUCUCGACGAAUUCUGAGAAGAUGAUGGAGAGUCAUAAGCUUGGUAAAAAACACAUGGCUCAGCUUAAGAAACAGUAUUGUGAGAAGGCGAGGGAGCCUCAUAGGGUUGAGGAAAAGCAUAAUAAGCCUCUAGAUGGUUUACAUACAGAUAUCGUUACAGUCCCAGAGAGAUCUUUAGAUGCUGAUUCAGGAGAGAAACAUACAAAUGGUAAGGAUCAUUGCUUGGACUAGACAUAGAAGGUGCUUGGAAUCAGAGAGGUUUGAAUUUCAUUUUGAUGCCAUGUUUACAGUGGGAGAAAUUGAGAAAGUCAAAACCAAUGCCAUUAGAGAACUAGAAAGACAUGAGUAAGUGUUUAGACCUAAAAUGUUUUGCAGUUUGGAGUGUUGUUGUCAUAUUGUUAUCGUGUUUACUACAAUUAAGUAGGAGGAUGUUUUGUUUUGUUUAGAUAUGGAAGAUUGGUUUACUUAAUUUAACUUAACAAGAAGUAUUUCAUCGUUUAAAUAUGCAUUUAGCUGUUCAGCUUGGAUUUUUGCUAGAUUUUAUCUGUCAUCUCUUUUUCAAGACCUCAUUUCUUUAUCUAAUACAUUUUGUUAUUCA